UUUGCUAACAGAAAGGAGGAAAAACUAAAGAUAGCAAUUAAAGUUCCACCUCAGUUAUAUGUUUCAUCCUUUAAAACAUUUGGUUAAUGAUUACACUGGAAGCCUGCAGCACAUACCUAUUAAAGCAAUUGUGCUGACACAUUUUGAGAGGCAGACUGCCUUGGUUAUUACAUUUCUUAUAACGCCAAUGGCAGCAACUGCCUGGAGUUCAGAAAAGGAUGGAGAAUCCAUUGAAAGUAAUAAAAACAGCAAAGGUCCCAAAAGCACAGCAGUUCCUGAUGGAGGAUGGGGCUGGCUGAUUGUUCUCAACUUUUUUCUUGUAAAUGUAUUUGUGAUUGGAACACUGAAAAACUUUGCCAUUUUCUUUGUGGCUUUUCAAGAAGACAUUGGUGGCUCUUCUGAACAUGUCAGCUGGAUUGGUUCCAUUAUGUCCUCACUUCGAUUCCUAGCAGCACCUCUGGUAACUACAGUGUGUGAAAUGCUAGGAGAACGGAAAACUUCCUUGUUAGGGGCUCUGCUGGUUGGUGCUGGUUUUCUUGUUAGCACACUGGCCACAAGCAUUCCUUUUCUUUGGGUCUCUAUGGGACUCCUAACAGGGCUGGGUUUUUGUCUGCUAUAUCAGAUAGCUGCUGUCAUGGUAGUUAAGUAUUUCAGGAGAUACCUGGCUCUAGCCAAUGCAAUUGGUCGCUCGGGAAUGGGGCUGAGUGUUGUGCUAACACCCCUUGUCCAAUUCCUGAUAGAAAUGUACGGUUGGCAAGGGUUCUUAUUGAUAUAUGGCGGCAUCAUGUUGAACCUUAUACCUUCUAGCCUCCUACUACGACCAGUUUAUAAGAAAAGACUAGACAUAGAUCCUAAAAGUGAAGGCCAAAUAGUUACAAUAAGUAUGUUUCCAGAGAUUUCCAGAGGCAGUGUAGAUAAAAUCUGCACCAGAGAAUUGAACAUUCUGGAUCCUCCCAAUCAAGAAUGUGCUAAAUCAGACAACCUACAACAGUCUCAUAAUUUAGCCCCAAUUAACUACAAGUUUUCUGAAACGUCACAUAAAAACAGUUCUGUGGACGCCUACAAGAAUGAUAACCAAACUGGUGAUCAAAGUUGCAUCCAAUCAAAUGAGGAAGGAAAAUCUAGGGUGCAGCCUUUUAUCCAGAAGCAAUGCCAUCUUGUUGUUUGUCACCUAAAGAAUCCCUUCUUCUUUAUUUUCACUUGGUCUUUUCUCUUCAGUCAGCUUGCCUAUUUUAUCCCAACUUUCCACCUUGCAGCCAGAGCCAAAACAUUGGGUAUUGACCCAAUGGAUACUGCUUACAUCAUAUUAGUAGCUGGGAUAGUAGAGACAGUCAGUUUACUGGUCUCUGGCUGGAUUGCUAAUCAAAACUGGACUAAGACAUAUCAUUACCAUAAAACAUACCUCAUUCUUUGUGGGCUCACUAAUUUGCUGUGUCCUCUGGCUACCACCUUCCCAUUACUUAUGAGUUACUCUGAUUUUGCCAUUUUCAGUGGUGGAUAUCUUGCACUGCUGUUUCCUGUGCUGGUAGAUCUUGUAGGCGCAGCCAGAUUUCACAGUGCCUUGGGAGUUGCUUCAUUCAUUGCUGGGUUUGGAGUUAUUGUUGGACCUCCUAUAGCAGGUUGGCUGUAUGAUUACACCCAGACAUAUGCAUGGUCCUUCAUUUUGACUGGUAUAUGUUUCCUUGUUUCAUCCAUUUCAUUAUUCUUGGAACCUUUAGCCCAAAAAUGGAGACAAGAAAGUUGAAUCCACUGUAUAAGCAGAUAAGAUUCUGCAAUUCUCCAAAGGCGGUCUUGUAGAAGUCAUAAAUUUUCAACAAUAAACUAAUUAUGGGACAGUGACUACAAUGUGUCUUUCAAAAAUAUUAAUAUUCUGCAUAACUAUAACUGUAAUGCUGUAACUAUAUAAUUUCUGUAUUGUUGCAUGUGGUCAAAUAGAAGCUGCUCAGCUAUUUGUUAUGGAUGCUUUAAUUUUAUUCCUACAACUACCAAUGAGUCUGAGUCUCAUGGUCAAAAUGGCCUCUUUGAAUUGUUUCAUUUAGCAAAGUGUGUUCGAGUCUGAAAAUUACUGCAGUUAUCAUCCAAAGCAAAUGAAAAGGUAAAUUAGACAUCCCUUCUUGUAUCUUGACAGCUGCUUGAUUAAUAUCCCAAAAUAGAGGAACAAGGGAGAUGCAGGUUUAAGUAUAACAUCAGUUAUAUGCAGAAACUCACAUGGUGUUACACUUUCUCAGUCCAACCUACCUCAUAGGAACAUGGUGGGAUAGAAUGAAGAGCUAUCUUCAUGUAAGUUGCCUGAAGUUCCUGGAGAAAUAGCAGGAUAAAAUGCUAAUGAUCAGUUUAUUCAUAUUAGCGUAUCAUCACUCUUUAUUUAAAAAUAAGCACACAAACUUUAAAAAAACAUCCCUUCUUUUACAGGGCAAAUAAAACUAUAUUCUGAGAAUUAGGACAAGAUCUCAUUUUUGCAAAAAAGAAUCCCCCGCCCCCAAUAUCAGACCAAAUAAGGAAGCAAGUUUUGUAAUUCAUCAGUUUUCAUAUUUAAUACCAGUAGUCCUCACCUUACAACCACAAUUGAGCCCAAAAUUUCUGUUGAUAAGCAAGACAGUUGUUAAGUGA